UAAUUGUAUUUUUAAUUAAUGAUUUCGCUCUAUGUAGUACGUCCAUAAUUGCGUCAACAGAACUUCCAAACUUCAGUGGUGAUACAAAACCGACAGUUCAUAUCAAUCGUGGUGCAGCACGGCAAAUGUAUGGUUCCGGAUCAUUACGCCAAGCUGGUUCAAAUCCAAUCAUUUAUUACAACACUCAAACUACGACUACAAAUAAUCCACCAACAACUCAAUCACCGUUAGCAGCAGGAACCAUACAACACGUACCAUUAUACAAAACAAAAAUGAUGCAACCUCCACUUUUACCCGUAUCAAUACCAAUACAUCCUGAUAUGGAAGCAAUACCAAUACCGUACCACGGUCAUAUUGUGAUACCACCACAUUAUAGUACAAACAUCGAUCCGCAACAUUACGAGGUACCACGACAUCGAAGUGGCUUCAAUCAUAAACCAGGUGGAAUGCGUAGUCGACCUGAAUUUGGAAGAUUUGAUCAUUCGGGGCGAUUAGCUGGGGGUGGGUAUUUACCCGAUCGUGGAGGUAUUGAUUUCCGUUAUGGAAGUUUACAGCAUUUAGGACAGUAUUCGGCUGGACACGAUCGUACGCAACAUAUGCGUGAUGAGGAUAUUAUGGAAGAGGGGGAUGCUGCCGAACAUUUAUGCGGUGGAAAUUGUUACCGGGGUGAAUAUAUGUGUGCUGGUAGCUGCACGUGUAUAAAACAAGAUUUAAGGUGUAACGGUGAAAUGGACUGUGAUAAUGCUGAAGAUGAGUUAGGCUGUGGUGAAGAGGAAGGUUAUCAUAAUAUGCAAUGUGAUGAAUCAGAAAAUAAUGUAAGGUGUCCCGUAUCAGGGAAAUGUAUUUCAAAAGACUGGUUAUGUGAUGGAGAUGAUGAUUGUGGUGAUUAUUCCGAUGAGACUCAUUGUGGAUUCACAGCAAACUGUACAGAUGACCAAUUUGAAUGUGCCAAUGGAUUAUGUAUUCAAAAAUCAUGGGUUUGUGACCAUGAUAAUGACUGUAAAGAUUUUUCUGAUGAAGUUAACUGUACAAAAAUCGAAUGUCGAAACCACGAAUUCCAAUGUAACGAUGGUUCAUGUAUUACCAUGAGUUGGAAAUGUGACUCAGAACCUGAUUGUGGUGAUGGAUCUGAUGAAACUGAAUGUGCGGAUAUGGAACCACCAUCGUGUAGUGAAGGAGAAUUUCAAUGUUCAUAUGUAGCGGCACAUCGAAAAUGUAUCCGAAUUAAGUUUAGGUGUGAUGGCGACAAUGAUUGUGGUGAUUGGAGUGAUGAAGUUGGUUGCGCUGAAAAACCACGAGAAUGUGGUGCUGGAGAAUUCAAAUGUGAUGACAAAUGUAUACCAGAUAAAUUACGCUGUGACAAAGAGCAAGAUUGCCAAGGAGGUGAAGACGAAUUACAUUGUACGACUAACGCAACACAACGAACCUGUUCACCGGAUGAAUUUACAUGCAACAAUGGAAAUUGUAUACUCAAAACUUGGGUAUGUGAUGACGUUCCUGAUUGUUCAUCCGGUGAAGAUGAACAAAAGUGUGAAAUCAGUUGUGAUGAAAAUCAAUUUACCUGUGGGAAUACACAUCCCCCAAACGAUACAACAACGGCAUUACAGCAACAACCAUUUUGUGUCAAUCGUAAACAUGUUUGUGAUGGCCAAAAAGAUUGUCCACAGGGUGAGGAUGAAUUGAACUGUCCACGACGACGAGAAUGUGAAAAAGAUUCAAAAUGUCAACAAUUUUGUAUUACAACUGCUGAUGGUAAAGAUGGUUGCAGUUGUCGUCCAGGAUAUACACUUUCAGAAGAUGGUUUCAGUUGUGUGGAUAUCAACGAAUGUUUAUUUGAAACGGAUCCAGUUUGCUCACAAACAUGCAAUAACACCAUUGGUAGUUUCACAUGCGGUUGUAUGACCGGUUAUAUUUUACGUCCCGAUUUGCGUAGUUGUAAAGCAGAUGGUGCUCCACCAACUUUACUAUUUGCAAAUCGUGUUGAUAUUCGGCAGGUUUCAUUAAGCAAUUCCAAAUACAUAUCGGUACUAAAGGGUCUUCAUAAUGCAAUUGCAUUAGAUUAUCAUUAUAAGUACGAAACAUUGUUUUGGUCAGAUGUGUCCAAAGAUGUUAUUCGUAAAGCAUUCAUGAAUGGAACAAAUUCAACAGAUGUAAUUAAAUGGGGUUUAGAAUCACCUGGCGGAGUUGCUGUAGAUUGGAUUCAUGAUUUAAUAUUUUGGACGGAUUCAGGAACAAAACGAAUCGAUGUUGCCACAUUAGAUGGAAAAUAUAGAUAUGUUAUAAUUUCGAAUGAUUUAGAUAAACCACGAGCAAUUGCAGUACAUCCUGGUGAAGCAACUGUUUUCUGGACAGAUUGGGGACCUAAUCCAAAAAUUGAACGUGCCGAUAUGGAUGGAUCAAACAGAAAAGCCAUUGUUACCGAAGCAAUAUUCUGGCCAAAUGGAUUAACGUUGGAUUAUACAGCAAACAGAUUAUAUUGGGCCGAUGCGAAGCACCAUGUUAUUGAAUCGUGUGCGUUUGAUGGAUCAGACAGGAAAAAGGUUAUCAGUAAAGGUUUACCCCAUCCGUUUGCCAUUACCAUUUUUGAAGAUGUUAUUUAUUGGACAGAUUGGCAUACAAAAGCUAUUUCUUCAGCAAACAAAGCUACUGGUACAGGAUUCCGUACCAUUCAUUCAGGAUUACAUUUUCCAAUGGAUAUCCAUAGCUAUCAUUCCCAACGUCAGCCAAAUCUAACCAAUCAUUGUGGAACAAACAAUGGUGGAUGUUCUCAUAUGUGUUUACCAAAUAAAAAAGCAUACACUUGUGUCUGUCCACUUGGACAAAAAUUGAACUCCGAUAAGAAAUCAUGCCAAGCACCCGAAAAAUUAUUAUUAUUUGCACGUAAAAAAGAUUUACGUUUACGUCAAUUUGAGAAGAGUAAAGGAACAACAAUUGAUAUGGUAAUACCAUUAGAAGGUGUAAAAUCAGCAGUGGCUUUAGCUUGGGAUUCUGCAACUGAUUCGAUAUUUUGGACGGAUGUGGAAAAAGAUACAAUCAACCGUGCACAUUUGAAUGGAACAAAUCAAAAGGCUAUAAUUACAACAAAUCUAAUUUCACCAGCUGGUCUGGCAUUGGACUGGGUAACCAAUAAAUUGUAUUGGACAGAUGCUGGAACAAAUCGUAUUGAAGUUUCCAAUACAGAUGGGACAAUGCGUACUUUGCUGAUUUGGGAAGGAUUGGAUAAACCAAGAGAUAUUGUUGUAGAUCCGACGAACUCAGGUGGAUACAUGUAUUGGUCGGAUUGGGGUGAAGUUCCAAAAAUAGAAAAAGCGGCAAUGGAUGGCUCGAUGCGGACUGUUUUAUUCAGCAAAAAUCUAACUUGGCCAAAUGGUUUAGCAAUUGAUCAUUUACUUGGACGAUUGUAUUGGGCAGAUGGAGGAACAAAAGCAAUCGAGUAUGCACACUUGGAUGGAACUGGCAGAAAAACAUUAAUUGGAUCUAAUUUAAAACAUCCAUUUGGCUUGGAUAUUUUUGGAACAAAAAUUUAUUGGACAGAUUGGGAAACAUCAAGUAUUCAAUCAGCUCAUAAAACAAAUGGUUCAAACCGAACAAUUUUGGGUUCAGAUAUAAAAGGUUUAAUGGAUGUUUGUGUUUUUCAUCGUAUGCGCCCAAAAAUCAAAUCACCUUGUCACGUCAAAAAUGGGGGCUGCUCACACUUAUGUUUACUUCGUCCAAAAGGCCAUUCGUGUGCUUGUCCAAUGGGCAUUAAACUUGGGGAUGAUGGAAAAUCUUGUGCCAACGGUCCUAUUAAUUAUUUAAUUUUUGCCCAUCGUGUGGAUAUUCGUCAAAUAUCGUUGGAUGUGGAAUAUAUUGUAGAUGUAGUUUUACCUUUGCCUUCAAUGAAAAAUGCUUUAGCUGUUGACGUGGACAGAAAAUCUGGAGAAAUAUAUUGGACUGAUACUGCAGAGGAUGUAAUACGAAAAGCAACACCAAAUGGUAAAACUGUCGAGACGAUAAUCUAUGAUGCAAUUGAAACACCAGAUGGAAUUGCAAUUGAUUCAACAGGACGAAAAAUGUAUUGGACUGAUGCUGGUCGAAAUAGUAUUGAAGUCGCCGAAUUAGAUGGUACAAAUAGAAAAGUAUUGAUUUGGUCUGAACUAGAUAGUCCCAGAGCAAUAACACUUCAUUAUCAUCAUGGUAUUAUGUUUUGGUCUGAUUGGGGUGCUACUCCCAGAAUCGAAUGUGCCCAUAUGGAUGGCAGUAACAGAAAAACAAUUAUAUCCGAAGGUUUAGUUUGGCCCAAUGGUCUGGCAAUUGAUCGACCAUCAGGAAGAUUAUAUUGGAAUGAUGCAAAUCAAAAAACAAUUGAAUCAAGUGAUUUAGAAGGUCAUGACAGACGGAUAAUUAUAACAGAUGUUAAACAUCCAUAUGGACUUGUUGUGGUUGGUAAUCACAUGUACUGGACGGAUUGGCAAACUGAAUCGGUACACAGAGCGGAUAAAAUUAACGGAUCAGAUCGUACAACAAUUCGUGAUAAAUUGGAUGGUUUAAUGGAUAUUCGAUCAAUUCAGGCGGAAAAUAUUGCUGAAAAUGCUUGUGGAACCAAUAAUGGAGGAUGUUCGCAUUUAUGUUUACGAAAUCCAAUCUCGUAUACUUGUGCUUGUCCAACGGGUAUCCUACACAAGCCAAAUAACACUCAUGAAUGUCAAAUGCAACCAUCAACAUAUUUGCUAUUUGCGACACGAUCAUCGUUAGCUCGAGUAUCACUGGAUACACGGGAAUUAUGGGACGUAACAUUACCGAUCGAUAAUAUUCAUAACGCAAUUGCUGUGGAUUUCCAUUGGGAGCGUAAACUUAUUUAUUUCACUGAUGUACAAUUACGUAUUAUACGUUCAGUAAAUAUGCACAAUUAUUCGGAUACACAAAUAAUUAUUGGUACCAAUUUAACAACACCAGAUGGUAUAGCGGUCGAUUGGAUUGGUAAUAAUUUGUAUUGGACCGAUACUGGGCGUAAAGUGUUGGAAGUUGCACGUUUGGAUGGUACAUGCAGGAAAAUAUUAAUUAAGGAUGGUUUAGAUGAACCGCGAUCAGUUGCUUUGUAUCCAAAACGAGGUUUCUUGUACUGGACCGAUUGGAGUGAUCAUCGGCCGAAAAUAGAACGCUCAAUGUUAGAUGGUUCUUCGCGAACAAUCAUAGUAAAUACUGAUUUAGGAUUUCCUAAUGGUUUAACAUUAGACUAUGCUUCUCGGCGUUUGUUUUGGUCCGAUGCACUGCGUGAUAGAAUUGAGACAUCUGAUCUACAAGGACAAAAUCGUAUUCAUUUGGUUCCUGACGCAACUCAUCCAUUUGGCUUAGCCCAAUAUCUGGAUCAUAUUUACUGGACCGAUUGGUAUAAGAAGUCGAUUAUACGUGCAGAUAAAGCAACUGGUAAACAUAAAGUUGUGAUUAGAACCGAUUUAGAUGGUGUUAUGGAAAUUAAAGCGGUGUCAGCUGAACGCCAAUUAGGUUGGAAUCCAUGUGCAAUUGACAAUGGUGGAUGUACACACUUAUGUUUAUAUCGUCAAGAUAGUUAUACGUGCGCAUGCCCGGAUGUACCGGAUAAACGAAAAUGUAGUACUGAACCGAAAACUGUUGUGCCAAAUCAACGACCCGGUGGUGAAAUGGAUAUUAUUUAUGAUGAUCUAUUAGAUCAGUUUGGUCCAAUACAUAAUCAGACAUUUAAUGAUAAUGAAAAUAUGAAAAUCAAUCGUGCUGAUAGAAAUAUGUCAACAAUGAUAAUAAUUACAACAAUCAUAGUGUUAUUAAUUAUUUUACUUGGUAUUAUUGCUGUUAUUGCAACAAUGAUGUAUAAUAAACGUAAAACAAAGAAAAAAUGUUUAUGCAUAUCGGGUCGAAGUGUACGUACAUUUUCAAAUCCAAAUUAUUUCAAUUCGACUUCUGACAAUAAUCUUAAUGGACCACAAGUUGUUGAAAAGAAAUCGUUUUCUUGGAAACGUGUAAAAUAUGAUAAAUCACAAGAACGUGUUUAUGAAGACAAAAUAACAUCAAACAGUCCCGAAUAUGCCAGUUUAAUACCAGAUGUCUUACGGCCGAGCAGUAUUACGCCAGAAAGAAGUUUUAGUCCACCCCCAACGCCGCCUCAUCGCAUUGAUUCCAUUCCAUUACAAACUAUAGGUUGAAGUAGAACAAUAUCAAAAUAAUAGAUAAUCAAAAAUAAAUUUCUAGUCAUAUAUUACAAAAUGAACUAAAAAUCGAGAACAAACCAAAAAGCAUCAAUAAUAUAAAAAAAACUGACAACAAAUAAAAUAAAUAUUUUAGUAAAAUAUCCGCCAUUAUGGUAGUAAGAUAUAUCUGCACAUUUUUAGGUGCCAAAAAAAAAACUAGAACGCAU